ACAGAUUUGCUAAAGUUCGUCCUCUUAUCGAUGCGUUGAACCGUAUAUAUAUGCAAUUUGGCGUUUUUGAAACAUUUUGUCCAUAGAUGAACAAAUGAUACCGUAUUUUGGUCGACAUUCAUGCAAGAUGUUUAUUCGUAACAAACCAAUUCGAGUUGGUUUUAAGUAUUAGGCUCUUUGUUCGCACAGUGGUUAUUUAUAUGCAGUAGCACCAUAUGGAGGAUCCACUGUACCGUAUGAUAGAAAUAGCAACUGGAACUGUAAGAGCAAACCGUCUUAGAGGCGCAGAAAAAAUACUUAAAACUAGGAAAGAACUCAAAAAGCACAAAUACGACUAUUGUUACGAGACAAAUAACAAGUUAUUCGUUACUCGCUGGCAAGAUAAUGUGGUCAUUUCAAACUUCAAAUCUGUCGAUUCUGUAACUGUAUCACAACGUUGGUCAAAAACUGAGAAAAAAAAAGUUAAUGUGGAACAACCUGGACUUAUACAUGACCACAAUCAACAUAUGGGAGGUGUUGACUUACAUGAUAAUGCUGUUGCUAACUACCGUAUUGGUAUUCGCGGAAAAAAAUGGUGGUGGCCAUUAUGGACUAAUUCAGUCAAUAGUACAACUGUCAACCCAUGGAAAAUUCAUUAA